AUGGCAACUCCUGUGCCUGAACACGCCCCGGCCCAGGAGAUGCCUGCGGAGAAGUACAUUCCAUCGACGAGUCAGGAUCCGGAGCCUGCUAUGGAUCAUGCGGUGGUGGGGAGGCCAUGGAUGUACAAGCCGAUGUUGAAAAUUGGCACGUGGAAACUUCCUUGGUUUGCUUCACCUGAAACGCAGCUGGUUCUCGUUUCAUUCGUCUGUUUCCUCUGUCCGGGAAUGUACAAUGCUGUCAAUGGUCUCGGUGGUGGUGGCCAGGUCGAUGCGACCGAUGUGAAUAACUCCAACACCGCUCUAUACAGCACUUUUGCCGUGGUGGGAUUCUUUGCCGGCUCGAUCGCCAAUCGCAUCGGCCUCCGGCUCACUCUUUCCCUCGGCGGUUUUGGAUACUUCCUCUACGUUGCGGCUCUUCUUUCCUACAACAUCAACCGAAAUGCGGGAUUUCUCAUCUUUUCGGGAGCCUUGCUCGGAGUCUGUGCUGGCCUGCUGUGGUGUGCUCAGGGCGCUGUUAUGAUGAGUUAUCCGCAUGAGCAUGAGAAGGGCAAGUACAUUGCCAUCUUCUGGGUCAUCUUCAACCUGGGCGGUGUCAUUGGUAGUUUGGUCCCACUCGGUCAGAACAUGCAUAGCACAGCCGGCAAUGUCAACAACGGCACCUACAUUGCCUUCCUGGUGUUGAUGGCGGUGGGCUUCGUUCUCUGCUGGGGUCUCUCCGAUUCCAAGUAUAUCAUGCGCAAGGAUGGCUCGCGGGUCAUUGUGAUCAAGAACCCCACCUGGAAAUCGGAGUUUCUUGGUCUAUGGGAGACCCUACGCGACGACUCAUACAUUAUUCUCAUGUUCCCCAUGUUCCUGGCUAGCAACUGGUUUUAUGGGUACCACUUCAACGCUGUCAACCUCGCCUACUUCACCGUUCGCACCCGCGCCUUGAAUAGUCUCCUGUAUUGGCUCAUGCAAAUGGUCGGUGCCUUCAUCUUUGGCCAGCUCCUGGAUAUGAAAUGGUUCUCACGUCCGACCCGCGCCAAGAUCAACUUUGGACUGCUGUUCCUCAUCACCAUGGGAAUCUGGGGUGGUGGAUUUGCCUUUCAGAGACAGUACACCCGCGGCUCAGUCAAGCCGGAUACUGAUUUUAAAGAUGGGAACUAUAUCGGCCCCAUGUUUCUGUAUAUGUUCUAUGGCUUUUACGACGCCGCCUUCCAGACCUGCACCUACUGGUACAUGGGCUCCCUCUCCAACAACAGUCGCAAACUUGCCAACUUUGCCGGCUUCUACAAAGGAAUCCAAUCGGCUGGCGCUGCCGGAAUGUGGCGCCUGGAUGCGAUAAAAACAGCAUACAUGACCGAGUUCGCUUCCUGUUGGGGUCUGCUUCUCGGCAGCAUGCUCAUUGCUUCGCCCGUGAUCUUCUUCAAGGUCAAGAACAGUACCGAUGUCGAAGAAGACCUUCGCUUCUCCGACGAAACUACCGCAGACGUACUAGGCGACUGCCCUGACAAUGUGUCUUCUUCCGAGAAGCCUCAGUCGCAGGAGAAGAACGAGGCCACCAAGGCCUGA